AUGAAAAACAAAGAUAAUUUGUCUUAAUUUGCUAAAAAAUCUGUAUUUGCAAGAAUAGAUUAGAAAAUUGAUAACUCUAUUAUAGAAGAUCAAGUUAAAUUUGUUUUUAAUUUAGCAGCAUCAAGAUAAUGAUUCUAAAACUGUAAUUUAAACAAUGUAAAAGGACAUGACAAACUUUCAGGAUGAGAAAUAGAAGGAAGAUCUUUCUGAUGAUGAUUCUCCCUCUAAUAAUAUUGAUUUUAAUCAAAUAUAUAGAAACGAAAUGAUGACUUUGGAAUAAAAUGUACCAAUUUCAUAACCGUCUGAAUAAAUUGAUGAAAAUUAUCAAGAAAAUUAAUGUAUAAUGAGUAAAGACACUACUUAUUAAAAAUAAGAAAACUAAGCUAUUUUAAAAUAAUUACCUUAAAAUACUUAAUUAACAAGUGUAGAAUAAACUUAAAGAACAGAAUAAGGUUUAUUAGAAAUUUUUAAAAAUAAAAGUAAUAAAAUCGUUCCUGAACCAUAAAAUAUAUAAUCAUCUCUUAAACCAUAAGAAUUUUAUCCAAAUACAAUUUAUGAGAAUUAUUCAUUUCUUUCCUAAAUAUUUCUGAUACAUAUAUUUAAUUUUAUGAAGGCUGCUUAAAAAUUAAUUAAAUAAUAAGGAAUUAAACUAAGUCUUAUUCAUCUUCCAAAAUAAGAUGAUGAUGAUACAAUUUAACCUAAUUUUUAAAAAGCUAAGAAAUUAUUUAAUUUAAAAGUAAUAUUAUAAUUAAUUUAAUAUAGAUAUCAGAAUAAUUAACAUCAUUUUCAUUAUUUAGAACAUUUUUUUUUCAUGACAAUAAAUGGUUAACAUUUAAAAUUGUUUUAUUAGCAAUGAGUGAAACAUAUUCUAGAUUUAUAAUGUCUAUAUUAACAUAAACUCUUAUUGCAGCAGUUAAAAAUGGAGAUAAAUAGGAUGCAUUUAUUUAGGCUAUGAUAUUAGCUCUAUUAUCAUUGAUAGCUUUAAUAAGUAAACAUUAUUAAUUGUAUAUCAUUAAUAAUUUUUCAACUAAAAUGAGAAUGAUUUUAACUAAUUUUGUUUUUGACAGAAUUUUAGAGUUAAAAGCAUAUUAAAUAAAUGACCUUAAUAUGGGUAAAAUAAUGAAUUUGGUUAGUGGUGAUAUUAAUGCUAUUGAAUUUUAAUUGAAUUUUGUUUAUUCUUUAGCUAUCAUACCAGGUUCAAUAAUAUUUGCAUCAGUUAUUUUGUGGGUAUUCUUAAUAUAUUAAUUUAGUUAAGAUUUGAUGGUCCAAUUGGUUUGAUUGCUAUUUUAAUAUGUAUAGUAAUCUAUCCAUUGUAAGUUUUUAUUCAAAAACAAGUUUAAAGAGUUUUAACAAGGGCUAAAUAAAAAUAAGACAAUAGAAUUACAUCUUAAAAUUAAUUAAUUGAAGGUAUAAGAUUAAUUAAAAUGUAUGUAUGGGAAAAAGCAUUUUCUGAUAAGAUACAAUAAUUGAGAAAAGAGGAAGUAAUGUGUUAUUUCAAGAUUCAUUUUUUAAAUCUUAUUGAUAGAUCAUUUAAUUAUAGUGUACACAUUUGGGGAUCUUUUCUAUUUCUAUUAAUAAUCUACUUUAAUGAUAUAUAUAUUGAUGUAUCAUCAAUUAUAGGAACCAUUUAAUUAAUGUCUAUGAUAAAAUAUUAUUGUGUAUUUUAGGUAUCGUAUGCAUUUUAAGCAUUUAUGACUUUAAAUGUUAUAUUUUAAAGAGUUGUUUAAAUAAUGACUUCACCUUCAUCUAUGAGUGAAAAGAAAAGACACAUAUUGACAAGCAUUGAAAAUGGUAGUGUAAUCAGAAAAUCAAAUACAAUUCAUGUAAAUGGAAAAGAAUCUGAAAGGAAUUAAGUAAAGAUGUAGAGUUCUGUUAUAAAAAGAACACCAUAUGUAACUAUGAGUGAAGUAGGGUUAAGAUGGAAGGCAAGAUCAUUUCCAGUAUUAUCAGAUUUAAAUAUGGAAGUAUUUCCAGGUUAAUUAAUUGGAUUAAUAGGUAGAGUUGGAUCUGGGAAGACUACUCUUUUAUCAGGAAUAUUAGAAGAAUUACCUUAAAUUGAUGGAGAAUUUUCAGUUAAAAAGAAUAUUAGUAUAGCUUUUGUAGAAUAAGAUCCAUUUAUUUAUACUGGAACAGUGAGAGAUAAUAUUUUAUUUGGAAAAGUAUUUGAACAUGAAUUGUAUAGAAAAGUAAUGCAAGUUUCAUGUUUAGAUUAAGAUGUAUUAUCAUUUUAAGAUGGUGAUAAAACUUAAAUUGGUGAAAAAGGUGCUAAUUUAUCAGGAGGUUAAAGAGCAAGAUUAAGUUUAGCAAGAGCAUUAUAUUCAUUAGCUGAUUUAUAUCUAUUUGAUGAUCCAUUAUCAGCAGUAGAUUCUAAAGUAGCUAGAAAGAUCUUUACAUAUGCUAUAAAAGAAUUUAUUUUUAAAUUUUAACCAUAAUAUUAAUAGGAAAAACAUAGUAAAUAUCAUUAAGUAUUUUAAAUGUCAAUUCCUGCUGUAAUUUUAUCUACACAUUAAAUUUAAUUUGCUUUAGAAUGUGAUUAUGUAAUUAUAUUAGACAAAGGUACUAUUAUUACUCAAGGUACUUAUAAAUAAGUUAAAGAAAGUUUAGCUUUAUUUAAUUCUUCUAUUGUAGAACCUAUUAAAAAAUAAUUAGUCAGAAAAUAAACUAGAUUAGCUACUCUACUUAAUAAAUAAUAAGAAAAAGUAGAAAAAAAAGAAAUUGUACAAUUAUUUUCAAAAGAAGAAUUAAAUUAGACAGAUGCAAGUUGGUAAACAUAUAAAAGAUAUUUUUUAUUUUGGAAACCUGUUUUUAUGAUUAUUAUUAUUAUUGGAUAAAAUGUUGCAACUGAAAUUAUCAAUAAUUACUAUUAUAGAGCUAUGGCUUUAUAUGAUGAAACUAAUAGAUCAGCUAAUACUUAAUUAUUUUAUAAUGCUGGAUUAUUAGUUUUAGCUGCAUAUUGUAAUAAUAUUAUUAAGUAUUUCUUAAAUAUUGUUGGUGUACUUACAUCUAAUAACUAAAUUCAUAAUUAAAUGUUGAAUAGACUUAUUAGAGCACCAAUUAGUUAUUUUGAUACAAAUCCAUCUGGUAGAUUAAUCAAUAGAUUUUCAACUGAUUUAUCUUUGGCUGACAAUUAAAUUCAAUAGAUUAUUACUGAUAUCUUUGAAUAAGGAUCUUAAUUUUUAGUAUCCUUAGUAACUAUAGCUAUUUUAUAACCAUUCUUUACAUUUCCUUUAGUAUUUACUAUUACAAUGACUAUUAUAAUAUUUACAAUUACUAGAUAAGUUGUUUCAUAAUUAAAAGUUUGUGAUCUUAUUUAAAGAUCUCCUUUAUUUGAUUAAUUUAAAGUUUGUUUAUAUGGAAUUACUUAAAUAAGAAUCAAUAAUAAUAAAGAAUGGAUAAGAGAUUAAUUUUCUAUUUUAUGUAAUUAAUCAAUGCAAGCAAAUUUAAUUUUUUCUUAUUCAUAAAGAUGUUUUGGUUUUUAUAUUGAUAUUUUUGGUUAAUUCACCAAUAUUAUUGGAAUUUUCUUAAUUAUUGCCAUGAUUGAAGAUCCAACUUUAUUUUCAUAAGCUCUUUUAUUACUAUCUACUUUUAAUACAUAAGCAGGAACUUUAAGAUAAUUUAUGGCUUUUGAUUCAAUUAUGAAUAGUGUUAAUAGAAUGUUUGAAAUUUGUGAUAUUGUUGUUGAAGCUUAAGUUACUUAACAAAUAGAUGAAGAUUUAAUAGUAAUUGGAUGGCCUGAAUUUGGAAAAAUAUAAUUUUAAAAUGUAGAAAUGUAAUAUAGAUCUAAUAUGCCUUUGAUUUUAAAAGGAAUGAGUUUUAUUAUAGAAGGAGGAGAAAAAGUUGGAGUUGUUGGUAGAACUGGAGCUGGUAAAUCAUCAAUUAUUCAAACUUUAUUAAGAAUUACAGAAAUAUCUCCAAAUGGGUAUUUAAUAAUAUUAUAUAUUUAGUAAUAUACUUAUAGAUGGUCAAGAUAUAAGAGAGGUUGGUUUAGCCAAAUUAAGAUAAGAAAUAGCCAUUAUACCAUAAGUACCAUUCUUGUUCAAAGCUACUAUUAGAUAAAACUUAGAUCCUCUAAAUUUAUUUGAUGAUUCCAAAGUCUGGAAAGUUCUCAAGGAUACUGGAUUAGUAGAAUAUGUUUUAGAAUUACCAAAAUAAUUAUAAUCAGAAGUUUAACCAGAAUUAUUUUCUAUUGGAUAAAAAUAACUUAUUUGUUUAUCAAGGGUUUUAUUAAACAAAAAAAGGAUUCUCAUUCUUGAUGAAGCUACUGCCAAUGUUGAUAUGGCUACUGAUGCCUUUAUUUAGAAUACUAUAAAAGAGAAAUUUAAUGAUUGUACAAUAAUUACAAUUGCUCAUAGACUUAAUACUAUUGCUGAUUAUGAUAAGAUUUUAGUACUUGAAGAAGGAAAAGUAUUAGAAUGUGGUCAUCCAUUUGAAUUAUUAGCUACAGAUACAAAAACUGCUAUAGGAAUUGAUAAAGAAUCUGUUUUUGCAAUGAUGGCAAUUUAAACUGGAGUAAAAAAUGGUUAAGCUAUUUUUGAUUUAGCCAAAAAGGCUUAUUUAAAAAAAAUAUUAAAAAAUUAGUAUAAAAGAGCUGAAACAAUGUUAUAAUCAUCUGUUCAUUUAAAACAAGAGAAUUUUACUUAAUCAAUAUAUGAAUAAGAGUCAUUAUUAUAACCAAUUGAUCCAAAAAAUUAAGUACAUUGA